AGCUGUUCACAAACAAGUCCAGAGAGAGACACAAAACUCUCUCAAUAAUACCCCCUCCACCACCACCUUCAAAUCAUUCCCAGUCCACACACACACACAGAGACUCAAAACUCAAGUCACAGUCCCCAAAACGAAGUUCAGAUCAAAACCCAUUUCUCAGCAUUCACAGAUCUUCCUAUUCAGAUCUGGGUUCUGAUUAGAUUUGGCAUAGGAGCAUGUACGGUCGAGAUCCAUGGGGAGGUCCGCUGGAGAUCAAUGCUGCGGACUCCGCCACCGACGACGACCGCAGCAGGAACCUCCACGACUUCGACAGGGCGGCGCUGUCGCGGCCUCUGGACGAGACGCAGCAGAGUUGGCUUCUGGGUCCUGGAGAACAGAAGAAGAAGAAGUAUGUUGAUCUGGGUUUCAUCAUCGUGAGUCGAAAACUGUUUCUUUGGACUGUUGGGACUAUCCUAGCCGCUGGUUUUCUUGCUGGGUUCAUCAUCCUGAUCGUCAAAACUGUUCCCCGCCACCACCGUCCUCAACCGCCGCCGGACAAUUACACCGUCGCUCUCAAUAAAGCCCUCGUGUUCUUUAAUGCCCAGAGAUCUGGAAAACUUCCAAGGCAUAAUAAUGUUUCUUGGAGAGGAAACUCUUGUCUGAAUGACGGCAAGGGCGACCCGCAAGCCCUAAUGAAAGAUCUGGUGGGCGGCUAUUACGACGCAGGAGAUGCUAUCAAGUUCAACUUUCCUCAAUCUUUUGCCAUGACCAUGUUGAGUUGGAGUGUGAUUGAAUACAGCGCGAAAUAUGAUGCUGCUGGAGAGCUUGCCCAUGUUAAAGACGUCAUCAAGUGGGGGACCGAUUACUUUCUCAAAACUUUCAAUUCCUCCGCUGAUACUAUAGACCAGAUCGCUGCACAGGUUGGAGUUGGGGAUACUUCAGGAGGGACAACUCCUAACGAUCAUUAUUGUUGGAUGCGUCCUGAAGACAUUGAUUAUGCGCGGCCAGUUGCUGCAUGUCAUAGUUGUUCAGACCUUGGUGCAGAGAUGGCUGCUGCUCUAGCUGCUGCAUCUAUUGUUUUUAAAGACAACAAGGCCUACUCACAGAAACUUGUCCACGGUGCAAGAACCCUCUUUAAAUUUGCUAGGGAUCAGCGUGGUAGAUACAGUGCUGGUAGUGCAGAUGCUUCAAAUUUCUAUAAUUCUACUGGUUACUAUGAUGAGUAUGUCUGGGGUGCAGCUUGGCUAUAUUAUGCUACCGGCAAUUCAUCCUAUCUUCAACUUGCUACCACUCCUGGUAUUGCGCGACAUGCCGGUGCCUUCUGGGGAGGACCUGAUUAUGGUGUACUUAGCUGGGACAACAAGCUUGCCGGAGCUCAAGUGCUCUUGAGCCGUUUGAGGUUGUUCUUGAGCCCAGGGUAUCCAUACGAGGAAAUUUUAAGCACAUUCCAUAAUCAAACCAGCAUAAUCAUGUGCUCGUAUCUUCCAUAUUUUACAAGCUUUAAUAGAACAAACGGAGGCUUGAUCCAAUUAAACCAUGGAAGGCCUCAGCCUCUUCAAUAUGUGGUCAAUGCAGCCUUCUUGGCUACUCUUUACAGUGAUUAUCUUGCGGCUGCUGAUACACCUGGGUGGUACUGUGGGCCCCAUUUCUACUCAACAGAUGUCCUGCGUAAAUUUGCGGAAACACAGAUAGACUACAUUCUGGGCAAAAACCCUAGAGGAAUAAGUUAUGUUGUGGGUUUUGGCAAACAUUAUCCUAAACAUGUCCACCAUAGAGGUGCAUCAAUCCCAAAGAACAAGGUCAAGUAUAAUUGUAAAGGAGGAUGGAAAUGGAGGGACAGUUCAAAGCCGAAUCCAAACACAAUUGUCGGAGCCAUGGUUGCUGGCCCUGACAAGCACGAUGGUUUCCACGACGUGCGUACUAACUACAAUUACACAGAGCCAACAAUUGCAGGCAAUGCUGGUUUGGUUGCUGCCCUGGUGGCUCUUUCGGGCGACAAGACUGUCGGGAUUGACAAGAACACCAUAUUCUCAGCAGUUCCACCAAUGUUUCCAACUCCACCACCGCCUCCAGCACCAUGGAAACCAUGAGAUGCCAACGACUCAGUCUUUAUCUUUUUUCUUUGUGUCGUGCGACUCUGCUUUAGAUGAUUUUGCUGCCAAGAGUUUUUGGAUUUUCAACACUGAAAGUGAAAGUAAUACAAAGAAUGAGGAAUAUGAUGGGCAUGAAAGCAUUGAAGAUGGCUGGGCUGGGGACUGUGAACUUGGACUACCAUGAGAAAGUGGGUAAUUGAAAGUCUCAGAUCGUUUUUUUCAUUUGUAAUUUGUGAUAUAUACAUAGCAUGUAUGUACUAAAUCGGUCAUGUAUUCUUUCAGAAACUAGAAUUUGAACAGUUGGUACAUUUAAGUUCGUUUACAAUAAAUCCUAACUAGUCUUUUUCCAUGCA